CCCAGGUCGAAGCGGCCGCAGCCAUCUCAACUACGGGAAAGAGACGCUGCCGAGGCUGCCUGGGAGGAACAGCAAGAUAAAACGUUUCCAGGAGGAACAAACCAGGUCACCAACAUCGAUCGAUAUUCAAGCUGUUCAGUGCCUUUCUCUAAAAUGAAGAGAAACUGGACUGUCGCCAACUUUUCUGAGGGCGCCUCCAUUUUUUUGGACUCCGGCACUACAGAGUUGCUCGCCGCCCUAGAGCGGCCCCACCCAAAGCUACUUCCGGUCGCAAAGGUGUCGGUGGAAACGCCUGCACUCCACUCCCAGGGCGAAUCCCCAGCGUCCCUCCAGGAGCCGCGGAGCCAGUUCCAGUCCAAAGAACUUGGGAAGGCGAGAGGGACUGAGGCAGGUAAAGAGCCUGUGGGCCGAGAGCUCCGCGGACAUGGCCGACUGCCGUUUUCUGGCGCAGAGAGGGUGUCUGCGGUAUACGGGUGUUCACGUCUUGAUCCGGGCGCGAUGCCGCGACAUGCGGCCACCUAGACACGCUCAGCUGCGCCCGCCCCACCCGGAUCCCUGAAAAGGGAAAGAAGUGGCUCUCUUCACUUACGCGGCAGGUUGUCCCGCUUCCUGAGAACCCCGCCAGAUCAGCCUCCCUGAAGUUCCCAACAGGAUCCUCCAAAGAGCUCCCGGGACCUCCUGCAAAACGUUCACAGCCUGGAGUCGGAGGCAGCAAGCCGGCGCUCAUCUCCUGGAUGGAGGAGGAGGCUGAAUUGUGGGUUCCGGCUGCCCAGGAUCCGGAGGUGGCGAAGUGUCCGACAGAAGCGGACCCAGCAGAUUCCAGAAACAAGGAAGAGAAAAGACCAAGGGAAGGGGUGGGAGCCCUGGAGAAGCCCCUCCCUGUGGCCACAGGGCCUCUUGGGCUGAAGGCUCCCCAAGCCCUCUCAGCCGGGCCCCCUUAUGGUUGGGAGCUGAGGUCCAAGGCACCGUGCCGGGGACGCCCCUCGCUCUGUGCCCACCCCCCUGUUCCCCGAGCGGACCAGCGUCAUGGCUGCUAUGUGUGCGGGAAGAGCUUCGCCUGGCGCUCCACGCUGGUGGAGCACGUCUACAGCCACACGGGCGAGAAGCCCUUCCACUGCGCGGACUGCGGCAAGGGCUUCGGCCACGCUUCCUCCCUGAGCAAACACCGGGCCAUCCAUCGCGGGGAGCGGCCCCACCGCUGUCCCGAGUGUGGCCGGGCCUUCACACAGCGCUCUGCGCUGACUUCGCAUCUGCGUGUCCACACUGGCGAGAAGCCCUAUGGCUGCGCUGACUGCGGCCGCCGCUUCAGCCAGAGCUCUGCCUUGUACCAGCACCGGCGCGUGCACAGCGGCGAGACCCCCUUUCCCUGCCUGGACUGCGGCCGUGCCUUUGCCUACCCCUCGGACCUGCGGCGCCACGUGCGCACCCAUACCGGCGAGAAGCCCUACCCAUGCCCGGACUGCGGACGCUGCUUUCGCCAGAGCUCGGAGAUGGCAGCUCACAGGCGCACCCACAGCGGCGAGAAGCCCUACCCCUGCCCGCAGUGCGGCCGCCGCUUUGGCCAGAAGUCAGCUGUGGCCAAGCACCAGUGGGUCCAUCGGCCUGGGGCGGGGGGUCACAGGGGCCGGGGCGCAGGGGGGCUGUCUCUGACCCUGAACCCUGGCAGCGGGGACUUGGACCCGCCCGUGGGCUUCCAGCUGUACCCAGAGAUAUUCCAGGAGUGUGGGUGACGGCCUCACAAGUGACUAUCUAGACACUGCGGGAGGCCUGAGAUGGGCUCAGGGGCCUGAACCUGUGCAGCAGCCUGCAGGGAAGUCCCAGAAUCCCCGGCAAGAGCUGGCUCUGGGGUGCGGACAGUCUCAUCUUGGGCCCUCAGCAGCCUCCUGUGCUAGUGUCUUGCUCUUCCCUGACCCAGGCUCUCAAAGGCCCCCCUUGCUGAGGCAGGGCUGAGGUGAGAACCCCCCAGACCUCCAUAAGGGGAAGCAAAAGCUGUUUCUCAGCCCAGAGAUGCUAACAGGAUUGAGGUAGAGGAGAACUUUGUUUUACCCAUUGUUUUUUAUUUCUUUUAUUAUUUUUUUUUAUUUUGAUCCUUCCAGAACACAAUACCAACUGUCUUUUUAU